UUCUUGCCCAAGGAUCAACAGUACGCAGUGGGUGUACUGUCAGCUGUGGUUUGUGUAAACUUUCAGGAGAAAGGUAUUUUUAUUCAGAAUUUGGGCUUAAUUGUUGAACGAUGUGAAUGGUGGAUGAACCUAAAGGGGUAUGUCGAUUAACGGAGAACCCGGAGAGACGGGACCGCUCCUGGAAAACAGCGAUAGCUCUCCGUCUGUAAACAGGUAAAACAAAGACCAAAAAAUUAUAGUCUGAUAUAGUCAUUCAGAUCGAUGUGCGUUUAUUUGUGAUUUUUCCAAAGUUUGUCAUAAUAUGUUUUACGGCGUGACCGUGUUUGAGGGCGAAGCAAACAAGUUUUGGCAUUAGUAUCUAUAUCCAAAACAGAACAAAAACAAUCCGAAGUUAGCACGAGGACUGAACUGUAUCAAAGCAUCCUAAUUUUGGAUAUUUGAUCCGCCUAUAUAUUGAACGCGGGAAAUAUAACGCAAUUGAUGUAAACAGUACAUUGUGACGUCAUAUUCAGCGUCGUAUUUUAGCAAAUUUACAAACAUAGCGUCUGAACCACAACAACAAACAUGGCGUUAAUGGUGGAGUGAUUAUAUAUGAUUAAGAAAAUAAGAUUUACAUGCUUUUACGAAUUUUUGUAACAUCUCAGAACGACGUGAACUAGGGUAGACGAGAUUCAAAAUGGAGAAAUACAUGUCCACGCGAUAGUAUUCGAAUCGACGCCAUUAGUACCAAACUUUUCAAGUUCCAUAGAUUAUCUGAUCAAGGAGAAAGAAGGAGACAACCAGUUCACUUUACUUCCCUACGCAGUUACAAUAAUUAUGAUGGAGACUCCACGACAGCCGUUCUUCAUCGAUACAGAUAUUACGGUCGCCUGGCCCCUCACAGUGACAGUGCAUUUCAAAUGCCAGAUCAUGUGGUGCCACCUGAUUUCUAUAUUGUGGUUCCCAUAGUAACGGAAGGGAAACAAAGCAGUCUUAUAACCAUAUUCUCAAUGUGGAACACGAUGAUGGGAACAUCCAUACUUAGCAUGCCCUGGGCCAUUAGACAGGCAGGUUUUGCGACGGGAAUCACCCUCCUAGUUCUGAUGGCAGUGUUAAUGUUUUACACAAGUUAUAGAAUCCUGAAGUCAAUGCAGUCAGCUGGCAAGGUGGAAUCCGGUCUGGAUUUCUCUGAUGUUUGCAGACUGACCUUGGGGCGGUGGGCCCAGAUCUUGGCGGUGAUCUCCUCCCUUCUUACCCUGAUGGGUGGGGCCAUUGUUUACUGGAUUUUGAUGUCUAAUUUCCUCUACAAUGUUGUGAAUUUCAUCUACCAUCACAGUACCUCGUCUCAUGAAAAUGUCUCCAAUGGAACCAGCUAUGUGUGUCCAUCGAUGUCUCCGCCAUCACAUUCUGGGAACCAUAGUAACCACAGUUGGAUGUUGUCCAGUGUUGACCAAUGGCUGACGUCGGAUCACACCCAUGAGAAUACAUACGACAAAGUUUGGAACGAGCAAUACACAGUGCCAUUUUUUCUGGUCCUUGUACUGGGACCGAUCGUCAAUUUCAAAUCCCCCACCUUCUUCACCAAAUUUAAUGCUUUGGGAACUCUAUCUGUGAUGUAUCUAGUUUCUUUUGUUGCUGUGAAUGCUCACGACUGGGGAUUUAAUUUGACCUUUGGGGGAGAGGACAGAUCAGGCGAUGCCCACCAUAUUUAUAUUCCAGAGUUCCGAGGUACUUUUGUUGCAUUGACAGGGGUAGCAGCUUUGGCGUACUUUCUACAGAAUUGUGUAAUUUCCAUCUGUCGAAAUCAACAGCAUCCAGAAAAUAAUAUACGAGACCUCAGCAUUGCCUACAUAUUAGUGGCUGUGACCUACAUUUACAUGGGGGUCAUGUUUUACUCUUCAUUUCCAUUGAACAAAGACUGCAUAGAAGAUAAUUUGCUGAACAACAUCGCUGACACAGACAUUUUGGCCUUCGUGGCAAGGAUCGGACUGUUUUUCCAGAUGGUGUGUGUGUUUCCUCUGCUGCUGUACAUAUUCCGAGCUCAGCUCUUGUUUUCUCUGUUUGGAGAUGUCUGGCCAAGUGUGAAACAUGUCCUUCUACUCAAUCUGUGUCUCGUGGCGGUGUGUGUGGUAUUUGCGGUAUUUCUACCUCACAUAGGGAGCAUUAUAGGGUUUGUGGGGGCCUUCUGCGGAUUUUCGUAUGCUAUUCUACUUCCAUGUUUAGUACACAUGAAGACUUUACACGAGCGGGGAGAGUUAUCUGUCCCUGUUAUUGUCAUUCAUUCAUUACUUAUUUUACUGGGACUAGCCAACUUCAUUGGACAAUUCCUUAUCAUCGGCAAAACGUAGCUUGAUAUGGUUUUGGCUGAUUGUAUGUGUUCCCUAUUGAUUGUGAAAUUUCAUGACAAAAAUUUAGGAUGAUUUCGAAAUGAAACCAGGUUGGAUGAUUGUGAUUUUUCAAUCACUUCAUUAGAUGUAUAGUAGUAAUUGAGAAAGUAACAGUCUACAUGUAUGUAAGAAUCAUUUAAUUUUACUUUUUUUCACCCAGAAAAAAAUUAUUGUUGGUAUCAUGAAUUGCAAACUCAUUCUGGAUAUACAUGUACUGCAUUGUAGGAGCAAACGACUAAUGCUUAAUUUUAUAAAUUUUGUUGUGAAUCAGUUAUAAGAAAUUGUGCAAUAUAUGAUGUUUAUAAGAUAGAUGUUUGGUAUUGUAGUAUUACACAACAAAAUAUCAAAUUGAAAACAUGCAGGCAGAGUAAUUUGUACAGACUAUUAAAAACAAGUUGGGCCAAAAAAAAUCAUCAAUAGUUUCUUGGGCACUGCCGCAUCUUUUAAAGAGACACCACAUGGACAUUUUUUUAAAAUUUGUAUCUUUGUGUAAAUGGGAUAACUCUUAUGUUAUAGAUUUUUAUGCAAGAAUUUAAGAAUAAUAGUAUAAACUUUAUAGUAAGGAAUAUGAUACUAUUUUUUUUUAAUAAAAAUAAAAAUUCCAUUGCUUAUUCUAUACAAAUAUGUACAUGAUAAAGAAAAGGUAACUCAUGCUAUAGUCAACAUGAAAAAAGGAAAGAUAACUCGUGAUACAGCCAAGUAGAACACCUGCCUGCCUCAUUAAGAUUUGAAAUUUUUUGCCUGAGAAACUAUUUAUUAAUUUUUUGGGCCUUACAGAAUUUGUGUCUUGUAAGUGAAAAGGUCAAAGUUCAAACUUGAAUGUGUGUAAUAAGAUUUCAACCAUACAAUUUUGAAAUUUGAUGAUUAGAAAAUCUCCAAAACUCUCAGGAAUCCUGAUAUACUGUGAUAUUUCUGUAUGAACAAAAGGGUUGAGAUUUUUUUUUGUUUUUAAAUAUUGAAAUUCCACUUUGUGUUAUUGAGAUGCUGUGUUUGUUAAUGAUUGCAUACAUUGUUUUGUCAUUUACCUCAAGGCUCUCAUAGAAAUGUGUUUAUUGCAGUAAACUCUCAUAUAUUUACAUUGAAAGAAUAAAUGGUUCAAUAUAUUGAA